AUGUCGAAUUCUACUAAACCGCGCGAUUCCGCUCUCAAUGGCAUUAAACGGUAUAUGGCAAAAAGUAUUGAUGAGGCAUUCACUAUGGAUGCAGAGAAUAUUGCAAGCUACCAUCAGUUAUUGAGUGAACAGUGGGUUCGUUUUAACGUUGCUCAAGACGCUGUAGAAAUUACUUGUGGUGCCGAUGUUAUUGAAAUUGAAGAAAAUGUGCGUAUCCAAGCCGAAACUUGGUACUCUACAGCUUCAGCUAACUUUAGCCGCGUGAAAAAUUGUCGUACUAAAUCGCAAGAUAGCUCCACAAAGGCAUCUGUGUCCACGGUUAUACGUUUACCGAAAAUGGAGUUGCCCACAUUCUCUGGUGACUCUACAGAAUGGAUUGGUUUUUUCGACGCGUUUUCUUCGUUAGUUGAUAAUAACUCUGCUUUAUCAGAUGGACAAAAGUUGCACUAUCUCCGAAGCUGCUUGAAAGGUGACGCGUUGAAAAUUAUCAGUGGUUUUAAAAUAUGUGACGCAAAUUACGUUGAAGCUUGGGGUCUAUUAACAUCGCGGUAUAAGGUUAUUCGUGUAAUUGUGGAAUCUCAUCUUCGCGCGUUGGCUGAAAUUAAAAGGGCUACGCAUGACAAUGCUGACGCAAUCAAAGGUGUAAUUGAUGCGUUCCAACAGCAUAUUCGCGAGCUUAAAGCGUUGGGUCGUCCGAUUGAUUUUUGGGAUGAUUGGUUGGUACAUGAGGUCGUCAGUAAGUUGGCAUUCGAAACGCGUAAGCAGUGGGAGUUAUCGCUCGUUAGUGAUGAUCCCCCAUCUUUUGAGCAACUAAUAACAUUUUUAGAGAUAAGAUGCCGAUCGUUAUCGAUGUUUUCGUCGUCAACAACAUCAGUAGUAAUUAAGGUUAAAACUGCAUCAGCAAGCAAGUCGACAAAAGUGUUCCACGCGGUAUCAAAACAAAGUAACGUGUGUGCAUAUUGUAGUGGACCUCAUAAAAUUUACAGUUGUGAAAAAUUUCGUGAAUUGGACUUGUCUACAAAAUCACAGUUCGUGAAGCAAGGUCGCAUAUGCUUCAACUUCUUAAGUUCAGGUCACUAUAAAGACCGUUGUAACAGUGCUUCCACUUGCCGCAUAUGUAAACAACGUCAUCACACUCUGUUGCACGGUGCUUUGCAGUCAACGACCGUUACCGCAGUGAACAAUUACAUCGGCAACGAGACGCAUUCGUUAUGCGCUGCUGACGCCACAUCAAAGGUAAGCGCAAAAACUUUUGAACUUCCAGCAAGCGUCGACGUUCCACGCGUUUCUUCAUGCUUGAACUCGAGCUCCAAUCCACCCAUAGCUGUAGAAAGAGUUGUGCUGUUAUCCACCGCAUUAGUGAAGGUACGCGACUGUUCUGGUAAUUGGCAGCCCGCACGUGCACUUUUCGAUUCUGGAUCACAUGCUUCCUUUGUAACCGAAGCGUGUGUGCAACGCUUAGGCCUGCCGCGAUCAACAUCUGAAGUUAACAUUACUGGAAUUGGGUCAGCGCAAGGAGGACGAGCUAGAGGUGAAGUAUCACUUUCUCUUUCUUCUUUCUCUACAAAUCAAUGCUUUACUGUCAAAACGUUAAUUCUGUCUAAAAUUACAAGCGACUUGCCAACACAGACUAUAGCUACUUCAUCGUGGCCACAUAUCCGAGGUUUGUUUUUAGCCGAUCCCCAUUUUAUGAAGCCUGGACGGGUCGAUAUAUUGAUUGGAAUGGACGUUAUGGAUCAACUGAUCUGUACAGAACUUCGUAAGGGUCCAUCUGGAGCUCCUAUGGCUUAA